AUGCUUUCUAAUGCUCUUCCUGUUUCUUCUUCUCUUCAUAAAAGAUGUGUUAUUGAUUCUCCAUUGUGUCCUUUAUGCAAAAUACAUCCUGAAACGGUUAAGCAUGCUUUGCUAGAUUGUUCCAGAUCGAGGAAAGCUUGGAAGUCUUCAUGGUUUGUUACCCAUUAUUAUAAGUAUAAGCAUCUUAAUGAAUAUGAUUUCUUUUGUAGUGUGUCUCAGGAGCUGGAUAAAGAUUAUAUCGGUAUUUUAUGUUGUUUUCUUUGGGCACUUUGGAAUCAAAGGAAUAAUAUUUUUCACCAUAAGCAGGAUGGUCAACCUUUUGAUGUUUAUGAUUGGAGUGUCACUUUUUUCUUUAAGUUUUUGGAUGCUCAGCAGGUUCCUAUUUCUCCCAGUAUUUCCAAUUUGGAUCAGGUAGCUUUGCAACAUGUUCCAUCGGAGGGAGCUUUUCAGAUUUUCACUGAUGCAGCCAUUGAUGUGCAGAGAAAGAAAUAUAGUAUUGGGGUUGUUGUUUUGAAUCAUUCUCACCAGGUUGUUGCUGGUUUGGCUAAGCCUUUUACAGGCUGUGUUUCUCCAAUGGUGGCUGAGGCUAAAGCUGUUGUGCUUGCUUUACAGUGGGCUUCUUCUAUUCACCUGCCUGUGGACAUUUUAAGAACGGAUUGCAAGUCUAUUGUAGAUAAAUUAUAUUCUUGUACUCAGGGUUGUAGUAUUCUGGAUGAUUUAAUUGUUUGUAUCAAGAACUUGUUAUCUCCUUGCCCAAACCUCAGAGUGGUUCAUGUUAAUAGGGAGUAUAAUACCUUGGCGCAUAGUGUUGCAAAAUGGGGUCUUGGGCUUGAUAGUGAGUUCAUUUGGAAUGACUCUUUGCCUUCCAUUUAG